CGGUUUUUGGCAAUACCAGAUAACAGCCUUUUCUCCAAUAUUAUUCGUCAUCUAUCACGUCGCCUCGUUUGAACAUCGCUAUACAUAUCUCUAACGCCGGACUUCUGCCUUCAACUCCAAGAUGUAUUGGUCGUAUUCGAAGGACCUUGUCGGGUUGAACCAUGAUACUUUACGGGAGCGGCUGACGAAAAAUGCUGAUUCAAUUGCGACUUGCACGGAAGAAAUGAAGAUUGCAUACGUUGAAGACCUGGAGAACGUUGUUUCUAUGGCGAUCUUGACGGCUACGCUCUUACAACCCGGCUUUGCAUCGGCGGCUUCUGCAGUGCUGGCGAUAAUUGCUGCAAGAUAUGCAGGACCACAAGGUCUGCCCAUAGUUCAGCCCGCCGAUGUUCCAACGGAAACGUGGGCAGCUUGGGUUGCCGCCAAGGCGCACACUCUUGGGCCUAAGGCGUUGAAGGAAAUCCUGACGUGUAUCGGGACCAACGUGGUAGUUCCGAAAAUUGCGCGUACGGUCACGGGGACCUGCGAAAUGUACAACUCCAAGGAGACAAAGCAGAUGUGCAUCAUUGUUGUCAUCAAUGAAACGGAUUACGAAAUCUCGAGGACGGACGGUUGGGACAUGUUGCAGUAUGGGCCAGCGGCGACGUUUAGCAAACUGCCACCGAGGCAAAUCACAGACAGCGACCUGGUCUCCUGGGGUGUCUGGGCAACCGGCAGCGGUAAUACAUCUGGAGCCGCAUCUGCAAUCAAACUGCAAACCACAGCCUGUCCUCCAGGCGGGAAAGAUUUCCACUUCAUCGUUUCAGCAUCAUGUCCAGCGUGGACUCCGACGAAUACAAUGGCACUUACCAUGUGGGGUUCUAAUUGCGAGAAAGAGUGCCGGGAUAACGAGAGUGUAGGUUCUCACGUUACUCCCAAACGUCGGGAGACUGUAAAUGAAGCACAUGUGGAAGUUAAUGCAGAGAUUGAGAGUACAAGCGGUAAACGAGCGUUUGUCGUUGUCCGGAUCACUUCCACUGCUCUAGUUUCACGACCGAAGCUCUGAGGUAGAAGCAGUCGCUAUAGCUAGGUUGUCCAUUUGGAUAAUCAACGAUAGAUUUCCCUGUUUCGGAAGAUGGUGUAUUGGUGUCUCAUUGAUCAGUAAGCGUGCGCUUUCACCAUACGCAUUUUGAGUUGGAUAUACACACCUAUCGCAAGGAGUCAAACUCAUCGCUCAACUCCAUGUAUACGUGCAGCAGAUAAGCGUUUCACUAUGUUGGCUCUCUUCUUGCUUCUGCAAAUCAAUCUUAACGUGUUGAAUCAUGACAUAUCAAUAUGUAGUGACCUGAAU